UCCUUCGAAUAUUUAUCUGCAAAUGCAUUUUUAAAAGGCCACGCGUAUUGGUCAAAAAACCGUAUGGACGGAAAAUAUUAUUCGGCUCUGUUGUGCGAAAUUAAGGAGGAAUAAGUGAAUAAUAGGAUUGACAAAAGCAAUCAGAAUGGACUUUCGCAAUAAGUUGAUCGUAGUGGUGUUGGGAAUAACUUGGGGUCUGGGACAAGUAGACUCAUCUUUAACGAUUUUCGGACGAAACGCGAACAACCCCGUCAACGCGAACGUGUUGAACAACAACGACGCUACAUUUCCCUCAUCAUCCUGCUGCAUAGUGCCGACAUGCAAAAGCUCCGACAAGUGCUACCAAACUCUGAGCUGCGGAUACUUGUGCAGUUCCGGAAAAUACCCGCCGGCCGAAUAUAGCAGGACGCCCGGCUACAGACUCAAAGAAACAUACUCCAAAUAUGACUGUAGGUUUGGCGAUUGCAGGUUCUACGAAUUUACAUGUUCGCACUGUCCAGAUCCGUUAAAAGAGAGAUUCAGUAUCUAUUUGAUUAGAGAUGAUUGUCGGGAAUGUUAUUUUAUAUAAUCAAUAUAUAAAUUUUUGGAUUUUUGUUUUUUUACAGAGAAUAUCUACCGAAUAGUAGUCGCAUUUGCGAAAAUAGAUAAUAAAGUGCGACUUAAAUUUUAUUAUAACCCCUUUAUCUUAACUUUCACCUUAUUAAUGGGAGCCAUUCCAUUUAAAUAAUUUUAACAUUUCUGGUUAAACCUACACUGUGAGUGUGAAAUGUAGGGCAAUUAAGAAAAAAGUAAUGAAUAUACUGUUUGUCAUGCUUAAAAUAAGCAACCUUAAAAGAAACAGAUUUAAAAAAAAACUCCAUAACAUAACCAAAAGGUUUUUUUUUCCUAUCUAAAGUUUUUCGCAGCUUUCCAUCAAUUAUGUGACAAAAAUAUUGGGAAAAUUGUUUAUUGUAGUGCCCGUGGCUAUGAAAUAUUCUUUGUUGAGAUUAGCUUUUAAUGACAAUUUCGCAGUGAUGUGCGUUAAAAAAUUGUUACAUGUUUAUUAUUGAAAUCAACAAUGUUCCAAAAUUGUUUGAUGAUUGAAAUAAAUUGUUUGUG